CUGUUCGACCAAAACAUUGAGGACCCCAACAUCUUGUCAACAACUGUGCAAGGAGGUGCUGCAGCCAAAUAAUCUGACUUUCAACCGAACAAACUCCGAAGCUGCACCAACGGUACACCUGUCCGAUAGACAGGCCGUCUCAAUGCAUUACAGAGGACCGAAAACACCGCGGGGAUCAUGGAUGUAUACGAUUUGUUUGCAAGUUGCAGAAAGGGCGACAUUUGUAGAGUCAGGUAUCUUGUUGAACAAAGAGAUGUGGACCUUAAUGUAAGAGAUAAAUGGGACAGCACCCCAUUGUAUUAUGCCUGCCUUUGUGGCCACGAGGAGCUGGUCCAAUACUUGUUGGCUAGUGGUGCCAAGUGUGAAGCCAACACUUUUGAUGGCGAGAGGUGUUUGUACGGAUCAUUGAGCGAUGCCAUUCGUCGCCUUCUCAAGGAUUACAAUUGUGUCACUACCUGCCCCAUGCAGCGUGAUGAUUUCAGCCACUUUCUGCACACGUUACUGGAGCAGGGUCAGCACAGUGAUGUCAAGUUUGUAGUUCAUGGACAAACAUUUCCAGCCCACCGCUGUGUUCUCAGCGCACGCUCAGAGUACUUCACUGAGAUGUUUGACUGCAAAUGGAAAGGGAAGAACCUGAUCACCCUCAAACAUCCUUUGAUCAAUCCUGCAGCCUUUGCAGCCAUCCUGCAGUAUUUUUAUACAGGACGGAUGGAUAUUGAUAUAAGCCUUUUGGAUGACUGCAGACGCCUGGCUAAACAAUGCAAACUGGCCAUUCUUAUAGAGGAGCUGGAGAAUAAAUGCAAACAGGUUUAUGACUUUGUGUCCAACAAACCAGGAAUCUGUGUGAAAGUCCUGAGCCUGGAGCCUCACAGCUGUCGACUUCAGGAAGAUAUGGCUCUGUUAGCAGAAUGUGCAUUUCCCUCUGAGCUACAAGUUGGAUUUGGAGAGCUUCCAUUUAACGGGACUAAACACUUCCCCACCUAUCCUGACAUCUGCUUCAGAGUAAAUGGAUACAGUUUUUUAUGUCAUAAGGCAUUUUUCUGUGGCCGUAGUGAUUACUUUAAAGCCUUACUUAAUGAUCACUUCAGCGAGGGGGAGAAGUUACAGUCCCAUCCCAGUACCUCUGUGAUCACUCUGCACAACAUCUCCCAUGAUAUCUUCAUCCACGUCUUGUUUUACAUCUACACUGACGACACAGAGCUAACGAUGGAUAGUGUGUUCGACGUGCUGUGUGUGGCUGACAUGUAUCUGUUGCCGGGGCUGAAACGCCUGUGUGGGAAGACACUGGCUAAGGCGACGUGCGAGGAGAACGUUUUGUUCUUGUGGAAGACAGCUAAGCUAUUCCGUCUUUCGCGGCUGGAGGAUCACUGCACAGAGUACAUGGCAAAGACCAUUGAGCGGCUGGUUGAAAAACCUGAGUUUGCUGAGAUGAUCAAAGAGGAUGCUGCGUCUUUGGAGGAGCGACAUGAGACAGACUCUGUCCCCCUGGUGGACGAGAUCCGCUUCCACAUCACCAGUAACGUUCAGACGUACAGCGCGAUCGAGGAGGCCAAUCAGAAACUGGAGGCCUUGGAGGAGCUGCUCUGCAACAUCAAUAUUGACUGCUAAACUGUUGGUCAGUUGGUGGUUGAGGAGGUUUAAGUGGUGCUUUUGAGGUGGAGGCGUUUGGUGGGAGUGUGUGGUGAAAGAGGGAAAAACAAAAAAAAGAUCCAAAAGAAACACAUGCUUUAGUGUCAUUGUAGUUUUUUUUAUUUACAGUAUAUUCUAGAAAUAUAUUAUCAAAGAAUUGAGUAUGCUUUGAAGUUCUGAACAGGAAAUGUCAGAAACAGUUUUGUUGUGUGUGAGAAGUAUGAGAUACCUGAAAAUCUGGGGUGUAAAUGGUAAUGGAUUUGUUAUAAUGUUUCUGAAAGAGUUUUAUUUUAUUAUUAUUUUUUUUGUUUGUUUUGUUUGAAGUAUCAUAUCUGCUCUUCUUAGACUAUGCUUGCAUUACACAUGCAUGAUUUUAUUUUGUCUGUUGUUUAUUUUAAAAUAUGAAUUCGUCCCAGAAAAGUUCACCAUUUGUGGAUUUUCGGUAACAAUUUCAUUUAUUUAUUUUAACUACUAAAUUAUGAGCUAAAGGCAUAGAGUAACUGAGCUGUCAUUCAUAAAACAUUUUAACAUAUACAUUUACAGUCUGACUAGUAUCCUGCAGCUCAUACAGUGUUUAGUGAAUCAGAUAAAAUAUAAUUUCAUCAUGUGGAGAUUAAUUUACAUGCUAAAAUGUAGGGUAUUGUAUGUUCACCUCACUGUUACACCUCCUGCAUGAACACUUAGCACUUGUCCUGCUCUAGGAUGUUGCUGCACUUUGACCAUGUGGUGAUAAAUCUAUCCCUGCAGCUACAUAUGGCAUCGAGUGUGUACACAAAAUAAUACAGCUCUUACCAAUAUUGUUACACAGAAUCCAGCAAAGGAUGUAGUGCUGAGUUGGCUCUAUUUUCCCCUCAUUGUUUGAAGGUAAAAUCCUACAUUAACAGAAAAUGACAUUGAAGGAUCUGUUUUCAAAAUGGUGAUGUCUUCCAUUUAUUUCUUAGUUUCACUCUGCUGUUGCAAACAGAUAAUUGCACUUAAUUUAGAAAAUUAAACAUGUAUUACCAGCACAA